UCCGACAUUGACUGAGGAUGAUGUCUCAAAAGAAAUCAGAUAUGAUGAGUUGGUCAUUUUAUUUGGAAACAAGUUAUGCCAAAAAUAUAAGGACCCUCAUUUUUACGACAUGAUUAGACAGAAACUCCGCCAACUAGGACGUUUUCUAAUAGAAAUAAAAAAGAUUAAUGAUGACGUAGAUUAUUUGUUCGAUGUCUAUUACCCAAAGAAUUAUGAUUCGGCAAUAACUGCUGUGCAGAACUUGGCUGGAAUGAACGAAUCAGGUAUUGGUUUCAAAACCCCAUCGCUGGCUACAUCACUGGGUACCCUGUUGAAACAAGUGGGGUAUCUGUGCGUUUCUCAUUGGAUAAAACGCCAAGAUAAAACGCGGCAGAGUCAUGCUGAAGACAUCAUCAAACUUCUGGUCGAGGACAGCGGUACCGCGAUUAAUAGGGCUGCUAUCGAAACACAGCACCGGAAUAAGCGGCAUUCGAAAGUAGUUCUACCCUCGAAGGAAGACAUUUUGAAGCUUCAGACCUAUCUGCGUGAUAGGCUGAGAGCUAAUCACGAAAUUCUGAAGGUGAAAUUCAAUGAAUUGAAUUGGCUUCAAUUAGGAGAAGCGGCGCUUCUCUCGAUUCAAUUGUUCAAUAGAAGAAGAUCGGGCGAAAUAGAACGAAUACUUAUCGAGGAUUUUCGUUCAUUCGAAAAAAUCGAUGAAACAUCUAUUGGACAGGCGUUCAAUACCUUUUCCUUGAAAGAAAAAGAAGCGGCACUGAAAUACGUGCGCUUCACCAUCAGAGGAAAACUGAACAGGACAGUGCCUGUUUUAUCGCACCGUGAAGUUUUAGAAUCAUUAGAAACUUUACUAAAAUAUAGAUCAGAAGCCGGUGUAAGCAAAAACAACCCGUAUUUAUUCGGAAUCCCCGGCACAUUGAAGGGGGAUUUCCGGUAUUUGAGCGCCUGUCAGUUAAUGAGAAGGUACGCCUAUGAGUGCGGGGCAAAAAAAUCCUCAAAAUUUAAGGGGAACGGUACUAAGAAAGCACGUCGCCACAAUGUGCGCAAAUUUCAAUCUCAAGGACAAUCAGGUUGCAGAUUUGGCUAACUUUAUGGGCCAUGCCGAAAAAAUCCAUAAGGAAAUAUAUCGUCAACCUGUAUUAACAAGGGAAAUCGUACACAUUUCCAAACUAUUGGAAGCAGUGCAAGGAAAUGAUGGCGAGGAUUCCGAAGACGACUCGGAUACGGAUUUGAAUCUAGUUAGUUGUAACACAGACAAACUCGUCUCUUGUAGUAGUACCAUUGCCAAUGAUAGUAAAGAAGCUACUUCAACUACGUCCCAAAGCAUGGAAAUCGAUUUUCAAUUAGAAGAGGCAGUGAUUUCGACUCCGUCUCCUAAUGUCAAAUGCCGUAGGAUCCGUUGGUCUGAAGAAGAGAAAAGAAUAGCUUCAGAAGCCUUCAAAGAAUACAUUCUGAAUAAUACAUUGCCAUCAUUCCAAAAAAUUCAGGAAGUCAUGAAUGCAAAUCCAGGUGUAUUUCAUAGAAGUGUAGCCACCAUUAAAACCUGGGUCAAAAAUGAACAGUUGAAAAAAAUCAAGAUAGGGAAUUGAAUAAUGU